GCCAUGAGUUAGCUACCACUGUUUACAGCCUUUGUUGUUUUCAACUUUAGUUUAAUUUGUUUUAUGCCUUAGUUUAUUUCGUUUUAAGCCUUAGUUAAUUUUAUUUCAAGGCUCUGCAUUUUGUUUUCCGCAUUAGUUCAUUUUCUUUUAAACUUUCGUUCAUUUUGAUUGUUUUCCGGUUUGACAUUGUGUCUUUACUUUUUUGUAACUGACUUGACAGAUCCAGGAAACCUAACAAGGCGUGCGUGAUGUUGGAUGUGCUGAUAAUAGGCGCUGGACCCCAUGCCCUGACCCUGGCCACCCUGCUGUCCCACCCUGACCAGGCCCUGUCCCCAGCCUCCCCCAGCACAGACAUCCUGCAUGGGGUGAAACUCAGCCGAGGCAGGGCCCAGAGCAGCCACUUAAAGAACCACAAAAAAGGAGCUAACAGGCAGCAGACAGUUGAGCGUGAGAAGCAGGCAGAGACUGAGUCAGAACCAGAGACGUGCCCCCCACUGGACUUCAGAGUGGUGGAUUCAUAUGGAGCAUGGACCACACUGUGGGAGAACCAGUUUCGGGCACUCAGAAUCCCUCAUCUUCGCUCACACACCCUGGUGCACACAGACCCACUGAACAAGAGGGCAUUGCAGGAGUUUGUCCUUGAGCACGAUCGGACCUCCGAGCUGCGGAGCCUCCCGGACCAGAUCUACAUUCUGGACGAAAACGCGUUCUUUAACGACAUGCGUCUGGGAAAGAAGGCCAAGAGGAGACUGAGCAACAGUCAAGGGCAUCAUAGGAGCCUUUACUUCAGCCUGCCGGAGACCCGGCUCAGUGUGGACUUCUUCAGGCAGCAGGUAAAGAAAUAUAACCUGGACAGUGUCCUGAUAAAAGGCACAGUGGACAGGCUGAUCCCUGUGAUGUCAGAAGGAUCUGUGGCUUCAUUCAGGGCACUCCUUCAGAGUGGGGAGGUUCUUGAGGCGCGGCGGGUUGUAAUGGCGACCGGCCCUACCCGUGCUCAGAUGGCCAACAUCCCCACAUGGGUUUCAGCCAUCACGGAGACCUACCCAGAGGAGCGAAUGCAGCACACCGUGCAGCUCAUGCACUAUCACCCUGCCACAAGGUCGGCUAGGCAACGGGAACAAGGAAGUCAGGACCAGGAACAGGAAGAUAGUCCCUCGCUCUUAUCAGGUGACUAUGUGGUGUCUGAGCCUGGCCAGAGGGUGCUGGUGGUCGGAGGAGGCCUGACCAGCGCUCACGUCAUUUCCAUUGCAUUACAGCAGGGAGCCAGUCAUGUGACAUGGGUGAUGCGGAAACACUUACAGCUGAAGCAGUUUGACGUGGGGGAUGUCGAGAGCCUCGUGGGCCGGUACUCCCACAUGGAGCACGGCAUCAAGCUGGACGGCCUGGCCUACCUGCGUCAGUUCUACAACGAGAGCAGCCUCCACAAGAGGCUGGCCAUGAUCAGGCAGGCCAGGAAGGGAGGAGCUGUGACCCCCGAGGCCUACGCGGCCCUGCAGCCCUACAUCCAGACAGGCCAGCUGGCCAUCCGAGCCUACUGCCAGGUGACUGAAGCUAAGUGGUGCUAUAAGAGCCAGGCGUGGAUCCUGUCAAUGUGCGGGCAGAACGGCUGUGAGUCCUGGACAGGAGACAGGAUAUGGCUGGCCACCGGAUGCAAACUGGACGUGAACCAGGACCAAAUGCUCUCAGCGGUCAUCAAGGAAUACCCGAUUCAGGUCAUUGAUGGUUGGCCAUGUAUUUCGGAGACCUUGCAGUGGGCUCCAGGCUGCCCGCUAUAUCUAAUGGGACAGUACACGGCCCUACAGGUAGGUCCACACGCGGUAAAUCUGGCUGGGGGACAGGCGGCAGGCACCCGGAUCGCUAAAGACGUCAUAACCCAGCACAACCGAAGACACAGUCGAGAUAGGGUGAAAGAACCCACCUCGGAAAGAACCCAGACCGAAGAAUAUAUUGAACAGAUGCACGGGUUGAUGUGGUUAUAAUUAAAAACGGUCGUACAUUUCGA